ACGACUCCUGCCAGCAACCGAGGACUUGGUUUCGGUCAGAGAAGACUCCGGCAGUCCUGACGGCUCCCAGCCUCUCCAUCUGCUGUUGCGGCCCGUUUCUUUAACUCGCCAUCAUUUGGGGUGCUGUUCCCGCUGUCCCCUGCCUUGGGCCCGCUGUCCCCGCCGCCAUGCUGAAGCCGGCGCGCGUCGCGGAGGUACCAAGAACAAUGAUUAUGAUACGCUGGGAGAAAAGGCAAAGGAAAUGCUUUUUAUUUUAGAUUGAGCACCUAAACAGAAACUGUGAUUUCAGUAUGAAGAAGGGAAGAGGAAGAACAAGCCGGAUCAGAAGACGAAAACUCUUGAGAAGUUCUGGAUCAAGAGGAGUGAAUGAGAGCUACAAGCCUGAAUUUAUAGCGCUCAAGAAGUGGCUGAAAGAUAGGAAGUUUGAAGAUACAAACUUAGUACCUGCUUGUUUUCCAGAUACGGGAAGAGGGCUGAUGAGCAAAACGCCCCUGCAGGAGGGACAGGUGAUUGUGUCGUUGCCUGAGAGUUGCCUGCUCACCACGGACACAGUGAUUAGGAGCUACUUAGGGCCAUACGUCGCUAAGUGGCAGCCUCCUCCAUCUCCUCUGCUGGCUCUGUGCACCUUCUUAGUUGCAGAAAGGCAUGCUGGGGAUCGGUCUCCCUGGAAGCCUUACCUGGAGAUUCUACCGAAGGCCUACACCUGCCCCGUUUGCUUGGAGCCGGAAGUGGUGGAUCUUCUCCCAGGACCUCUGAAGGCGAAGGCCAGGGAGCAGAGAGCGCAUGUGCAGGAGUUGUUUGCGUCCUCCAGAGCCUUCUUCUCCUCCCUGCAGCCGCUGUUCCCUGUGCCCGUGGAGAGCAUCUUCAGCUACAGCGCCUUCCUAUGGGCCUGGGGCACCGUCAACACCAGGGCUGUGUACCUGGAGCGUGGGCGGAGGCCGUGCUUUUCCGCGGAGCCAGACACCUGUGCCCUGGCCCCAUACCUGGAUCUGCUGAAUCACAGCCCCACCGUCCAGGUGAAAGCGGCAUUUAAUGAGGAAACUCGCUGUUACGAGAUCCGAACAGGCUCACGCUGGAGGCAGCACGAGGAGGUGCUCAUCUGCUACGGCCCCCACGACAACCAGCGGCUGUUCCUGGAGUACGGCUUCGUCGCCCCUGGCAACCCGCACGCCUGUGUGCGCGUCGCACAAGAUGUGCUUGUUAAAUAUCUUCCAGCAACAGAUAAACAGAUGAACAAAAAGAUUUCCAUUUUAAAGGACCAUGACUUUAUAGAGAAUCUGACGUUCGGAUGGGAUGGCCCGUCGUGGAGGUUACUCACAGCCCUUAAGCUGUUGUGUCUGCGAGCUGGCGAGCUCCCAUGCUGGAAAAAAGUACUUCUUGGCGAAAUAAUUUCAGAUACAAAUGAGAAGGCGAGUCUGGACAUCGCCCAGAAAAUAUGCUAUCAUUUCAUAGAGGAGGCCAAUGCUAUGCUGCAGAAGGUUUCUCACAUGAAAGAUAAAGAAACUGCUCUGAUGACCCAGCUCUCUUUGGCUGAAACCCUGUGGAAUGAAGAGCUCAGGGUUCUGCAGGCAUCUGCCGAGACCCUGACCCGCCUGCAGACGGAGCUCUGCUGUGACUCACCGAGGGGCAAUCGCUUGCCUCUGGUGGGGGGUGUGGCUUCUUAAUCGUUUUUACAGUAAAGUUUGCUUUACAUAGAAUCUUGUGCAUUCAGCGGGUGGUUUCUAUUAAACAAUGAUGU